UUGGCAUAAAGACAUCAAGAUACUGAACAGAUAAAGUUGUGAGUUUAUACAUGCCAGACUGUGUCCAUCACACCCGUUUUGAAGCAGCAGCUUUGGUAAUGCGAUGUUAACAUGGCUGAACAAAGGCAACGUACUUUGUCAACAUCAGGGGAAGCUUUAUAUGAAAUCCUGGCCUUAGAGAAGGGAGCAACAUAUGGUGAGAUUAAGAGGUCCUACAGAAAAUUGGCUCUGAAAUAUCAUCCUGACAAGAAUCCGGACAAUCCAGAGGCUGCAGAAAAAUUUAAAGAGAUCAACAAUGCCCAUGCAACACUGACUGAUCUGCCUAAGCGAAACAUAUAUGACAAGUAUGGAUCAUUAGGGCUCUAUGUGGCAGAACAGUUUGGUGAGGAAAAUGUUAACACGUACUUCAUGCUUUCAAGCUGGUGGGCAAAGGUCCUGUUUGCAGUCUGUGGUCUGCUGACCGGCUGCUACCUCUGCUGCUGCCUCUGCUGCUGCUUCAACUGCUGUUGUGGGAAGUGUAAACCCAAAGCACCCGAAGGGGAAGAGCACGAGUUUUGUGUGUCUCCAGAAGAUCUGGAAGAGCAAAUUAAGAAUGACAUGGAAAGAGAUGGUGAUGCUCCUAUUGUGCUUCAGCCGACUAAUGCAACAGAGAAGACACAGCUAAUAGGAGACAGCCAUCAGAGCUAUCACACAGACUCCUAGAGCGGGCAAACAUGAUCAGUUGGUUCUUCCCACUAAGUCUCACAGCAAGAAAAAGCUCUGCAGCCUAUACUUCUAGUCAUUUUUAAGCUAUUCAACAGUAACCCGAGAGUAAUUUCCUAUCAAGGCAGAAUUUCUCUCUAGGCCACUUCCAAUAGGUUGAUAUCUACGCUGUGCAAGGAGAUACCUAUGGUCAGCAUAGAGCUCUACUGACCAGCAUGCUGGUGUCUUAUGUCUCCAAACUGCCAGGCCCAGUAUGGUCUUUCUCUAACGACACUCCGUUUGGUAUAGCUGCUAUCCUCCCUGCCUUCAGCUAGGGCUUCACCUCUCAGGCACAGCCCCGAGUCCCUUUCUGUGCACACUGGCUCUGUCUCUUCCCCAGGAAUGGUCCUCACAUGCAGCAGUUUUGCUGGAUCUGAAAUGAUGUGAGGAGGCUCUGGAGAUGCUCUUUACUGGACCCUGGAGGGAAAGGCAGUGGCAAGGCAGUGGGGCUGUCCUUCCCAGAGAGGAAAUGCUCUUUGGAGAGCAGCUAGCAGCUUGUUGGGGCCCAGCUCUGGCAGUUAUAAACCUGAACCAGGAUGAGGUGCUCGGAUAUCGUUCUGCUGGUGUUUACAACACAGGUUGCUCCAAAUCCAGGAACCUGACCCAGUGUCAGAGGUACACAUAGACUCUGUGUCCUCCCCUGCACAAGCUGCAAACCUCGGAGAUGGGGGACAAACACCCCAUGGAGGGAGAGGCUGGCCCUGGGCUUCUCCAGAGCCUCACUCAACUCCCUGUAGCCAACGGCAGCCCCAUGGCAAAGUUCCCCUGAUUCUGCAUGGACAAGCCUGCAGCCCAUGCCCUAACUUCUCCAGCUGUAGCUGCAAGGUGCUGCAAACUGCACCCCAGCCAACAGCUUUCUGCCAGCUUGCUUAUUCCGUUGUGCCACUGGCUGCUGGCCCUGCUGCCCUGCUGGCACUGGGCUGGAAGCCAUCGUGCCAGCACUGGCACUGGGACUGCGUGAGCAGCAAGGACUUGGCAGGGCAGGCAAGCUGAGGAGAUAUCAUCCUCCUCACAGCCAGGCGCAUUGUAGUGAGAGGGGUCCUCCCCUCUGCCCGAGGCACAAAGGCUUUAAGAGCACAUGGUGUCAUUUUAAGUAAGGAGAUAGGGAUGAGAUGUACGUUCAGGUGCACCACUGAACAAAUCAGCAGAGAUACACAUGGUGUGGCUAAAGCAAGCAUGAAGAAAUUAGGCCUCUUAAUUUGUAAGAGAUAAAGAAAUACCUCCGAGACCUUAAACUUAGCAUUUCACUCAUUUGACAUAGUAGUUUAAUUCUUAGGCAGAUUAAUUGCUCUUUAUUAAUCAUGUUACAUCAAUCAUUGUCAGUUCUGUGCAAUUGCUAUUUUUGCUCCUCUAAUCACAGCGCUGUGGUCCAAAGGGGGUCAUAAUGUAUCACUGAGUUAUAUAGACCAGUGAAUACACAUCUAGUCAGAAGUCUUGUUCCCUUCCUUAAAAUGGGAUCCUGUGAUUGUGAAGCAUUAUUGCCUUCCCUCUAUUCUCACUUUUCACAUCUAACAGCAUUCAAUGAAAGCUAAAUAUAUGAGAAAACAUGUGUUUCAUCACACUAGCUCUAACUCCAAAAUCAAGAAAUACUACUUUUAACAUUUUUUUGAAGUUCCCAUAACACAUGGAUGUUUUAAAAGCCAUUAAUUCCAGUUCAGGUUAUAUGUCUGUUCUCCAGGUGCAGGCAUUGGAGCCAGAUAAUGCUUACAUUGCCCUCAAAAAAUCCCUAUUUUUCUGCUUCAGAGAAGAGGGGAAGCCCCAGCAUGACUGGGCCAGUGAACAGGCAUUUGCUCCCCUCCUACCCUUGAGCUCUUCUUGUCUUCAGUUGCAUAUUGCAAACAAUUUUGGAGGCCACUCAUACAUAUGCAAGUCCAGACCACUCUCCUGCCUGCCCAGGUGUGCCAGGGGGAUGUGCCCAUCCAUUCCAGUGGUUCAAGAGAAUGGGCGUUGGUGACACUAUCCUGCUGCAGAGGAGAUGUGACCCUGGAAUGCAUGUUCCUAGCAAAACUUCCUGCUGGGCAGCUGGAUCAGCAUUGGGGUGCUGGUGCUCCAAGAUGGGCAGGACACAGCACACUGUGUACAUGCCAGGGGACACCAGCAGACACUCAACCCAUCAUACACAUGCACCCCCACACCUUCUGGCUUUUUUCACUAUUCCCCUUUGCACAUGGUUUGCUCUGGUGUACGAUGUUAUCACCCCAUGGAGGAGCAUGGAGAACGUGUAGCAUGUGACAAAUUGGCAGGCUAAGUGAUUUCUGAAGUUUUACUGUCUGGUAGAGAAAUUCACUGUGAAUGUGUGCACAUGUGACAUUGAAUAUUUCCAGCAGACAUGGAAAAGGGAAUGGGAAAGAAGUCUAGCGUAAAGUUAUAUGUUAUAUCUUGAAUCAUUUGCCAUGUGAAAUCUCUCUUCCUGCUUCUGUGGAACUGCACAAUUGAUUUCAACAACAGCUACAGAUCAGGUCUAAAGCUGGGGAGGGAAAAGUAAAUCCCAGAUUAGCAAAACCAAUUGGGGAAGUCUUUCCAUGCAACACCUUUGAUGCCCAUCCAGAUCCCACUCUAUGGGGCAGAGCCAAAGUUUAUUGAAACCAAGGAAGUUAUUUUCAUGGGCUCGAGAUGUGCUGUAAAUCAUGUGGUUCCUACUCACUCUUUCUAAAUGAGAGACUUGGGAAAGAUUUAUGACUUGAUCUUGCAAUGUGAUGCAAAGAAGGACAAGCUGCUGCAUGUUUCCAAAGCCCUCUUACAGACAUGGGGAUCUCUACAGAAGAGGAAAUUUAGUUUUCAGAGUACCAGAGCAUUUGCUUCUCUCACCACUGUCAGGAUCAACUAUUCUGAUGAAUUUACUCAUGUAAAUCAGCCGUGAUUUUACUCAUUGGUUUGCUUUUCGGAAGAGUUCCUAACGCAAACACAGCUAUGCUUGCCUGAUCUGUUUCCAUGUAAGGGUCAGUUGUACACCCAUUAAUCUUUUCAAAAUGUACAUAUCCUCAAAUUUUUUUUUUCUGUU